AACCCUCAAAAAAGAAUAGGCGGUUUUGGUUGAACGUAUGUGGCUGACACUCGAGGCUACACAAGUGAAACCUCAGACAAAAGAAAAGAAGACGGCUUCAAAAUGGAGGGAGAGGCAGAGGCAUUGUACCUUCAACUGCACAAGCUUUCAGCUAUAACCUCAGAGGAAGGGAUUGACCGCAUACUUACUACGCUUUGGAAAACAAGGAAAACGGGUCUCCAGUCAACCCAGAAAUCUAGCAUUCAGGCUCUCCUCAAUCUCCCUUCUCCCACCCAACUCGAUCCUGUUUUGGCAUGCCUUCGUUCGCUUAUCAGAAAAUGCGCACGUGAGAAUUUCUCUGCUGAUGAUCUUUUGAAGUUGUUUCCACCUGAUUUAUCACUUGAUUUGCAAAGCAUUCUUAUAUUGCUGCUUCAGAAAUAUCAGAAUCAGUGGAAAGAGGAAAUUUCCAGGGAAACGUCCUCUUAUCAGAACUCUUUGACAAGGUCCACUGAUUCCAAUCAUGCCAAAGCAAAUUUGCUACCAACUUUUGCAUCUUUCCCAUCUUUUGUAUCAACUCCAAUGUGGCUUCAUCAAGAUGAUACAGUCACCAAUUUUAAUCAUAAUCAGCUCGGAGUUUCAACACCAGUCAUUGUUGAUAGCAGUGUUGCACCUUUGGGUCCCAUGCAAUUUCAACGUGAUGCUGGUCCUCCUACCAACCUGGGAAGUAUACCAUGCCUUAAAUCCAUGACAUGGACCAUGGAGAAAAGCAAUUCAGUGCCAGGAAAUAGAGUAGCUGUAAUUAGCCUUAAGCUGCAAGACUAUAACAAAUCUCCUUCUGGAGAGAUUGAGGUAAAAUUUCAGCUUACCAGGGACAUACUUGAAGCUAUGUUGAGAUCAUUGACCUACAUCGGUGAACAACUAUCAAACUUAGCCGGGACUUCAUCCGGGCCAGCACAGAAGAAGCAAAAGCAGUAAAAUGUAGGUUGUGCAUGAUGUAGUUAGUGAGAAUGAUUCAGAAGCAUCUUAUGAUUCACAGUAACUUCCUGUACAUUAAGGUCAAUUUCUCCUGCAAGUUUACCUAGAAUCCUAUUACAUUGCCGUGCUAAAGUACUGGAUCAAUAUGGAUUGUAAUUUGCCUGUUACCAGUCGAGUAAGCGUUGCUGAUUGACAUUGUGCUUCUUUUUGUAUAAAACUAACAGUUGAAAGGAGUUGAUAACAUUAUCAUUUUGUAACUUGGCUCCCUGAUUUACUUUCUGUUAAAUCUUGAUUAUCAAA